GAUUGGGGGAAGGGUCUUUCCGUAUUUGGGAUAUGAACUGUUCCAGCAUUCCAGUGUGUUGCUUCAUCAGCUUACAGUUAUCAGCAGUAGCAACCUUCUGCCUUUUCCCCCAACAGUGUCCCCCCAAGCAGGACGGAGUCCUCCCAGGACCAAGAUUUGCAUUUGGUGAUUAUAACAGUGUACCAAUGGCACCCAAAAAGAAGAACUCAAAGAAAAACAAAGUAGAAAAAGAUGGGGCACCAGUAUCUGCUGUUGUGGUGGAGGGCACUACCAUAGACAUUGAUCAUUUUAACCAAUUGAAUGGGCUGUAUGACACCGGAUCAAGUGGGUUCCAGUGUACUGCCACCGAGCUGUCCAAUCCCACACAUGGAACCAGUUUGUUAGAAGCAUUCAGCAAUAUGCGCUUGGAACACUUCCUCUGUGACCUUACCAUUUGCACUAAAACAAAAUCUUUUGAGGUCCAUAAAUUAGUUUUGGCUUCUAGUAGUGCUUAUUUCCAUAACCUGUUAAAGAAUGAUCCCAAGAUUCAAAGGACUGAACUUAAUGAUAUAUCCCCUUUGGGCCUUGCUACAAUCAUUACUUAUGCCUACACUGGUAAACUCAAUCUAUCCCUCUACACUAUUGGGAGUAUAAUCUCUACUGCAUCACAGCUGCAGAUGCUUGCUUUGGUAAAAAUGUGUGCAGACUUCCUUAUCCGGGAGAUGAAUGUAGAAAACUGCAUGUACAUUGCUAACCUUGCAGAGACGUAUGAGCUAGAGCAGGUUAAGGGUGCUGCCAGGAAGUUCAUACGUGCAAAUUUCUUGCAGUUUUCAGAGCAUGAUCAAUUUAUGAAGCUCACAUAUGAGCAGAUAAAUGAGUUCCUGCUGGAUGACAGUUUACAGCUUCCCUCUGAAGUGACUGCAUUCCAUAUUGCUAUAAAGUGGUUGGAAUUUGACCCUAAACGUAUUAAAUAUGCUGCUGAGAUUUUAAACAAUGUCAGAUUUGGUACUAUUUCCGCUGUAGACCUGGUUAAUUAUAUUCAGCCUGUACCUCGAAUGAUGCAAGAUCCUGAUUGUCAUAAGCUUUUGGUGGAUGCUAUGAACUACCACCUCCUUCCCUAUCAGCAAAAUGCUCUCCAGUCCAGAAGAACCAAGAUCCGUGGAGGCCAGAGAGUCAUAGUUGCUGUAGGUGGUCGUGCAGACCUGGCAGAAAAAUCCCUAAGUAGAGAUGUGCUGUACAGAGAUACAGAAGGCAGCUGGAACAAGCUGACUGAGAUGCCAGCAAAAAGCUUCAACCAGUGUGUGGUUACAAUGGAUGGCUUCAUAUAUAUAGCAGGAGGAGAAGAUCAGAAUGAUGCCAGGAACCAAGCAAAGCAUGCUGUUAACACCUUAUGGAGAUAUGAUCCUCGGUUCAACACGUGGCUUCAUUUGGCUCCAAUGCUACAGAGAAGGACACACUUUAGCUUGAAUUCUUAUAAUGGUUUGCUUUAUGCUGUGGGUGGGCGAAAUAUUGAAGGGGCACUGGCUUCUGUUGAGUGUUAUACACCGUCAUCCAAUGUCUGGCAGAUGAAAAUGCCCUUGGAAAUUGCCCGAUGCUGUCAUGCUAGCUCUGUUGUAGAUGGCAUGAUACUGGUUACUGGUGGCUACAUUAAUAAUGCCUACUCUCGUUCAGUCUGUGCCUAUGAGAUGGCCAAUGAUAUCUGGAGAGACAAGGCAAGCCUACUUACCCCCAGGGGCUGGCACUGUGCUGCCACACUGGGGGACCGCGCAUAUGUGCUAGGAGGUAGCCAACUAGGACCCCGGGCUGAGCGAGUUGAUGUACUACCUGUUGAGUGCUUCAACCCUUACAAUAGCCAGUGGAGUUAUAUGGCACCUCUUCCAGGUGGGGUUAGCACAGCUGGUAUUGCUAUACUUGAAGGAAAGAUCCAUAUCCUGGGAGGAUGGAAUGAAAGCCAGAAGAAAUACAAGAAAUGUGUGCAGAUCUACAACCCAGACCUAAACGAAUGGACAGAAAGAGAUGAACUUCCUGAGGCAACAGUUGGGGUAUCCUGCUCUACCAUUACAUUACCAAGUCCCAAGGUUCGAGAAUCACGACCAAGCUCAGCAGCUUCAGUGACUGUCAGCAUUUAAGUCUGUGAAAAAAAAAAGAUUAUGUUAUGCUACCCAUAUUUUGGCCCACAUGAAUCCUUCCUGCCAGGACUUCAUUAUUGGGUACACCUAGUGCCCUUUCUUACCAGCACCCUCCCUCAUGCCUCUAAUGCCUUUUAUUUAAACUGUAGGCUACCUAUUCUCCUCCAAUACACAGAUGUUAGCAGAUGUUCCAUACUACCUGCAACAGAACAACAAAUGCCACAUUAAAGGGCUACAAGUGGUCAGGUCUAAGUGUCCUACCCUUAGUACCAUUGAAGAAGGACAAUAUUAUCCUUUUGGCAAUAAGCCAAGUGCUGUUUACAAGGAGGAGAAUUAGAGGCUAGGAGUAUGAUUACUCCGCAAAUGCUAUAGCAGGGUGCCCCUCUCCACUGCAGUCCUUUAGCUAUGCUACUGCCCUGCCUUCCCACGGUAACAGUGUUGUAGUAAGGCUUAUCAGUCAUCUUCUGGGAACUGAAGCAAAUGCUAUAGCAGGGUGCCCCUCUCCACUGCAGUCCUUUAGCUAUGCUACUGCCCUGCCUUCCUAAGGUAACAGUGUUGUAGUAAGGCUUAUCAGUCAUCUUCUGGGAAAUGAAGACAUAAUUUAACUAGUCAUCCAUGGCAUCUUAGAAUCUGUGCUCAAGUCUAACUCCCGUUUUCCUUGUCUAAUAAGCAGAGUGCCUUACAUUUGUAUGAGAGGGCCAAAACACACUGAUGUUUUCCUUUCUGUUUGUGACAUGCCUGCUGGUCACAAAAGGAUUAAAAUAAUGUUACCUGGAUGGGACAUAUCUGUACAGUAAUAGAUUUGACUUUUAAGUAUGUCACAAGGUUUACAGAAAACAGUACACAGCACUACAUCUGAUUUUCUAGAUUUUGAUGCAGUUCUCACAUUUUCCAUAUUGUAUAGCAGCUUGUGACAGACACAGUAUGCAGAUUUUAUUUAAAAAAGCAAACAAUUAAAAUAAAAAAAAGAAAAACUUAAAUUGUUGCAGAGUAGAUCUGGCAAAGGUGACUUAACAUGCGGUGUGAACUUAAUGCAUAUGUGCAUGCAUCUAAAUGCAAGAGACUGCCACAAGUUCCAUGUAUGAAUACUCAGAUGUACACACAACCCCCCUGCUUAUGUCAACCACUACAGUGACAUUUUAGAACAUGGUCUUCAUUUGGAGGGCAGUUGUGCCAGUACAGUUAAGGCAACAUUUUCUGCAGCCACUAAAAGCUUUUCAUGUGAAACAAGCCAAUCAUAAUGAGCCAUUUAAAUGUGUAGAUAUUUUAAAAUGUGAAGCUAAGAAGGCAAAUAUUUCAUUAUACAUUAUAGGUAUUAAAUGGUGAAAUAAAGCUAAAGAAUUAUA